AUGUUGGAGGCUUUAGUUAGUGCGAAAGAUUGGCUCACUAUAGUCCAAGAUAAAGAUAAGGAUAAGGACGAUGAAGUGAAGUUGCUGGGUUGGUGCAGGGCAAAAUGUGCCACAGGUGGAAUCAGCUGGACCGGUGGGGGCUUAACCGAUGGAAUUAGGUAUGUUAUAACUAUAACUCCAUUUGCAUCUCCCUGGAACAGGGGUUCGGUUGACAUGAACAAACCUCCUGAAAUGAUAUCUGGCAAUAUGACAGCAGCCAUGUGCGUCUAUUCAAGACUCUUUAUGAGGUAUAUGGAGAACAAAGAACCGGAGGCUCAGCAGUAAAAAAAGUGUAUAAACCUGCAUUUACCUUCCCAAUAAGAGUGACCAGCAGCGGCAGCUUUA